AUGAAUCCACUUUCAAUUUUGCUGAACAAAUGCACUCUGAAUGGUGAUAACUACUCUGAAUGGAAAAGAAACCUUAAUAUUGUCCUUAAUUAUGACAAGAUCACAUGGGUUCUUUCUGACCAUGAGCCUAAAGCACUGACUCCUCAGUCAACUCCACAAGAUAUUGAAUAUCAUAAAAAGUGGCAUGAUGCAAAUGAGCUGGCUAAAUGCUAUAUACUAGCCUCUAUGAACAGUAUAUUGCAAAAGCAGCAUGAAAGCAUGGGUAAUGCUGUUGACAUAAUGUUGCACCUACAUGAGAUGUUUGGUACGAAAACUAGAUCUGCUAAGGUGAAAGCAAUCAGUGCUUUUAAGGACCUUAAGCAAAAACCUGGGGAGCCAGUUAGAGAUUACAUGCUGAAAGUGAUCUCUUGUCUCAAUGAGGCAGAACUAAAUGGUGCUGAGAUAGAUGCAGAAACGCAAAUAUCAAUGAUCGUUCAUAGCUUGAAUUCGUCAUUUUCAUAG